CGCGUCGUCAUUAUUUCGUCAUAGUUUGUGAUACAAGUGAGUAUCAAUAAUGUCAUUUAACCAUCAACAGUAAUUAACAUUUGUUAAUUAUAAUCAUGAUAAAGAUAUCGAUUGGAUGAAAACUUGAAAAAAUAUGAAUAUAAUGGAUGAAUUUGAAAAUGUUAUGACAACAUUGAAAAUAUUAAUCAUUGGUGAAAGUUUUGUUGGAAAAUCGAGCCUUCUUAUUGCCUAUACUGAGGAUACCUUUUCGGACGAUGUUGGAGCGACGAUUGGUGUUGAUUUUAAAACGAAAAAAAUCAAAGUUGACGGAAAUCUACUCAAUCUAGCUAUCUGGGAUACCGCUGGUUCCGAAAGAUUUCGUGCAUUGACACCAAAUUUUUAUCGUGGUGCACAUGGUGUUAUAUUUGUUUAUGAUGUUACGGCCAGAAAAACGUUCGAAAAAUUAGAUAGUUGGCUAGAUGAAGUAAAUGCAUAUGCGGAUAAACCGAAUAUUGUUAAAAUGUUAGUCGGUAAUAAGAUUGAUAAAGAUAAUCGAGAAGUAUCGCUACAUGAAGGUAUGCGUUGGGCACGUAGUCAUAAUACAUUGUUUAUCGAAGCAAGUGCCAAAACACGUGAAGAAGUCGGUUGUGCAUUCGAAGAAUUGGUCGAAAAAAUCCUACAAACACCUGGUCUAUGGGAAUCGAAUAAAACGAAAAGAUCGAUCAGUCUUGAAUCGAAAACAAAUUCGUCAACAUCUACAUGCUGUGGUGGUUAUUUUAGUUGAUCGUUUUUAUUUACACUCAUUUAUCAUUAAAAAAUUUAUUAUAUCAUA